AGAUGCCAAACAACACCGAGAAAAUUUAGCGUCUCGUCAGGAUAACAACGGCAUCAAUAUGAACUUCAAUUUAAUAAAUUAAUAAUUGUUUACGAAUUAAAGAGUUAAUAUUAACUUAGUCGGGAAGGAGGACAUCGACGAAAAGCACCUCAAACAUGAGUCGUAACCGGGCGUACAGCCAGCAGCAGAGGCUGAUGUCUCAGAGGCAGAACCAGGAGCAGCACCGGCAGGAGGAGGCCGGGCGCGCGGACAGAGAGCGGCAGCAGCAGGCCGGGCUGCGGCACGAGGACAGCUUCGAGAGGAAGAGGCUAUUGAGGCAGGUGAAGGAGGAGCUGAGGGACAGACAAGUGGAGGCCGCUCUCAUCCAGGCAGAGGAGCAGAGAGCAACCAGAAAACAACAACUAGAACAAGAGGAGAGGUUGGCUAAAGAGCUGGCCCGCAUCGACUGUGAGACCCAAAGAGAAGAGAAAAUGAGGCAGCAUAUUAAAGAGAACAGCAUGGAGCUUCGAGAGCUGGAGUCGAAGCUGAAGUCUGCCUAUCUGAAUAAAGAGAGAGCGGCGCAGAUUGCCGAGCAUGAAGCUAUGAGGCUUGAGACAAUGCGCGAGGUGGCAGAUUUAGGACGCAAGAUGAAGAGUGAACUUGAGCGAUUGGCCGCUGAGAAGCUGAAGCUGGAGCAGAAACGUCUGGAGGAAACGGUAGAGUAUCAGAGAGAGCUGGAGCUGCAGCUCAUGGAGAAGGAGCGCAAGAGACAAGAGGCGUACGAGGAGUUCCUCAGAGAGAAGCUCCUGGUGGAUGAGAUCGUCAGAAAGAUUUACGAUGAGGAUCAGAUGGAGAGGCAGCUGAAGCUGGAGAAGGUCAGAGCCACUCAGCAGCAUAUCGAAGACUUCAAGAAGCACCAGGCGGAGUGGAGACGCAUGGAGCGAGAGAGGAUGGAGGCGGAGAACAGGCGCAUCGUGGAGUUUGCGAGCCAGCAGGAGCACAUGGAGGAGAGCAAGAUGGCCAAGAUCAGAGAGAGAGAAGAAGCCAAGGAGCAUUUUCAUAAAAUCCUGUCUGAGAAAAUGGAGGCGAAAAGGCAGCAGCAAGAAGAGAUGGAGCGAGUCCGUGAGGAACUUCAUUCAGAAGAACAAGAAGAGGCUCACAGGCAGAAAGAAAUACAAUGGAACGGCCGGAGUACGCACGGGCAGAAGACAGGAGAUAGUCAAAGAGCGUGGAGGCGCAAACACGAGCUCAACGAACGUACGCAGCAAAGACCCGCAAAGUAG